AUUUCAUUAGCACAUUAGUAGAAGUAGAUCAGGAUUUAUUUUAGGUCGAUUACGUAGUAUUGCUGGCAACUAACCAUUUCCUAACAUUCGCUGCAGUUUAGAGAACACUAGCAUGUGUCAAUUUCAGGAACUUUACAGGAAAUUGUCUUAUGCUUCGACCUGACUAUUCACUAGAGCCAUUUGAUCCAGAAAUUGAAAGGACUUUAUUGAGAAGAAGAAGAGAGAAUCAAACACGGUUUCAAGUUGCUGAAACUUUGCAAGAUCAAGAAGAAGAAAAGAUGCCUAAUCCAGUACCUUUGCUCAGGGACUUGUGGAUCCCAAGAGAUCAUGGGAUACCAGGAGAAAUGGUGCAACCAAUUAUUCAGGCGAACAAUUUUGAAUUGAAGCCUGCUCUGAUUAACAUGGUACAACAGUCCAGAUUUGGUGGAACAGCUUUAGAAGACCCACAUGAGCAUAUAAGGACUUUCUUGGAGUAUUGUAACACUCUCAAGCAAAAUGGAGUUUCACCGAGUGCUAUCAGAUUAUCACUAUUCCCAUUUUCCUUGAGAGAUGGAGCAAGAGUAUGGCUUCACUCAUUGCCUGAACAUCUGAAGGAUACUUGGGAGACUUUAUUGCAGACAUUUAUUGAGAGAUACUUUCCACCAACAAAAGCUGCUGAAUACAGGGACAAGUUAACAAGGUUUACUCAAUAUGAUGGAGAAAGUUUGUAUGACGCAUGGCAAAGAUUCAACUCUUUAAUCAGAAUGUGUCCUCAUCAUGGUUUAGAAAGAUGGCUGGUGUUACAAACCUUUUACAAAGGACUGUCCACUCAGACCAGAGCUUUUGUCGAUUUUGCUGCUGCAGGAGGAAUCAUGAACAAAACCCUUGAUGAAGCAUUCACAUUGAUUGAAAGUAUGGCGUCUCAUCAUUUCCAAUGGUCAAGUGAAAGAGCAAUAGCACCACCACAUCCUGGUGUGUACAAUGUGUCUGCAAAUGAUAGCAUGGCGGCUCAGAUUGACAUCUUGAACAAGAAGAUGGACAGUAUCAUGUCAAGUUGCAUCGGUACAUCUGUAGCUUCAGUAAGUGUGCCUCAAAUGUGUGAUGUAUGUGGCCAAGCAGGUCAUCCUUCAACAGAAUGCACCUUCUAUUCAGCAAUUGGAUCAUCAGUUUCAGAAGUAAGUUAUGCCCAAAGUCAAGGUCCAUUCUCAAACAGCUACAAUCCUUCUUGGAGGAACCAUCCAAACUUGUCGUACAAGAACAAUCAGUCUUAUGCAAGUGGAUCGACAGUACAAGGAAAUCGACCACCAAAUCAUCGAAGUCAAUUUCAAGUGCCGAGGCAGAAUGAACAACAAAAUGUUCAGUCAAAUGGAAUGGAGGAAAUCAUGAAGAUGCAGUUGGAAUUGAUGAAAAAGGUGACAAAUGAAGUUAAUGGCUUAAAGGAUUAUGUUAAGAUGCUUGUGAGCAAAAUGGAUAGUAUGGUGGGAGAAAAUGAAGCAAGGCUGCCUGCUCAACCAAUUCCAAACCUGAAAGCUCACUGUGGGGCAAUAUCUUCAGUUGAUGCAGUGACUACAAGGAGUGGAGCUAUGAUAGGACCAUUACUUCCUAUUCCGAAGACAUAUGUGCCUCCUGCUAUGAGGCCAAGUUCAUCCGGAACUCCACCUUCAACAUCAUCAGAGAAAAUAAAGGAGAAAGAAGUUGAUAACCGAAUUGAAACUAAAGUCGAAUUUCCUGGUUUUCAAACAAGAGCUGAGCCUUUGCUAGAGGAAGCAAUAACAACCAACAACAUUCCCUUUCCUGAGAGGUUCAACAAACCCAAAGAUGACAAGCAAUUUGCCAAUUUUUUGGAAACUAUGAAAGGAGUUCAAAUUACUAUUCCUAUUCUUGAAGCUGUCUUGCAUGUUUCGAUGUAUGCCAAAUAUUUCAAGGAAUUAUUAACAAAGAAAAGAAGCAUGUCUGAGCCAGAAGUUGUAAUUCUAUCAAAGGAAUGCAGUGCAAUAAUUCAGAAUUCCAUGCCUGAAAAAUUGGAUGAUCCAGGAAGUUUUUGUGUACCAUGUGUGAUUGGAAACAAAACUUACAGUGCUCUAUGUGACUUGGGCUCAAGUGUUAGUGUGUUACCACAUUCAGUCAGCAAAAGGAUGUUCUUGGGAGAAUUAAAUCCAACAUCCAUAACUCUUCAGUUAGCCGACAGAACAUACAGGAGACCUGUUGGAAUUCUUGAGGAUGUUCCAAUCAAAGUUGGGAAGUUUGCUUAUCCGGUUGACUUUGUAGUGCUAGAUAUGGAGGACAAGAGUGAGGCCGUGAUUCUUGGAAGACCAUUUUUGGGCACAACUGGUGCACUUAUUGAUGUCCAAGAAGCUAAAUUGAGCUUGAGGUUCGGAAAUGAAAAGGUGGAGCUUGACAUGAAGCAUGCAACACAUGUUCCGCAAAGAGAAGAACACUGCUACAGAAUUGAUACAUUACAGAAAUGUGUGGAAGAAGGUUAUGAAGAGAGGUAUGGAAGUAAUUGUUGUGAAGUAGUUGAGGAGGACAAUAGUGAAAUUAGAUACGAGGAAAUCAGACCUGUGAGCAUGUUGGAAAGUAGUGCAAGGUCAUUAGAGAAGAUGCAACCAAGGCAAAUAGAAAUGAAACAACUUAUAGAAAGUUUGAAGUAUGCAUUCUUAUACAAUGAAAACUAGUGGCCAAUUAUCGUAAACAGUGAGUUGGCGGAAAUGCAAAUAAAAGGGCUUCAAGCAGUUUUGCAAAAGUACAAGGAUGUUAUUGGAUAUUCGAUUGAUGAUAUGAAAGGGAUCAAUCCUGCUGUCUACUCUCACAAGAUUUACUUGAAAGAAAGUAGUGUGCCCAUUAGAGAAAGUCAAAGAAGGUUAAAUCCCCAUUUGCAAGAGGUUGUCAAAAAGGAGAUUCUUAAAUUUCUCUCUGUUGAUAUCAUAUACCCAAUUUCGGAUAGUGAGUGGGUGAGCCCCAUUCACAUGGUGCCCAAAAAAGGAGGAAUAACUGUCAUUGAAAACGAACAAGGGCAAACGAUUCCUAGUAGGACUGUCACAGGGUGGAGAAUGGUCAAUGAUUUCAGAAAGUUAAAUGAAGUAACAAGGAAGGACCAUUUUCCUUUACCUUUUAUUGACCAAAUGCUAGAAAGGCUUGCUGGGCAUGAAUAUUUCUGCUGGUUAGAUGGGUAUUCAGGAUUCUUGCAAAUCCCAAUUCACCCGGAUGAUCAAGAUAAAACAACUUUCACUUGCCCAUAUGAAACAUUUGCUUACAAAAGACUAGCUGAUGGACUUUGUAAUGCACCCCCAACAUUUCAAAGGUUUAUACUCUCUAUAUUCUUUGAUAUGAUUGGAAUCAAAGUGGAGGUGUUCAUAGAUGAUAUUACAGUCAUUGGAAAAAGUUAUGAAGAUUGCUUGAAUAAUCUGGCAGCAGUUCUUCAGAGGUGUUCAGAACACAAUCUAGUCCUAAACUGGGAGAAGUGUCAGUUUGUUGUAAGGGAAGGAAUUAUUUUGGGACAUUUGGUAUCUAAAAGAGGAAUUGAGGUUGAUCAAGCAAAAGUUGAAGUAAUAUCAAAACUUCCACCACCUGUAAAUGUGAAGGUAGUGAGGAGCUUUUUGGGAUAUGCUGGGUUCUAUAGAAGAUUCAUAAAGGAUUUCUCUAAGAUAGCCAAACCCCUCACUAAUCUCCUAAACAAUGAUGUUAAGUUCAACUUUGAUGCAGAAUGUGAAAAAUCCUUCAACUUGAUCAAGGAAGCAUUGGUCACUGCUCCAGUAGUGCAACCCCUUGACUAGGAAUUACCAUUUGAGAUAAUGUGUGAUGCAAGCGACUUUGCUGUAGGUGCAGUACUUGGACAAACAAAAGGAAAAGAUUUGCAUGUAAUAUACUAUGCUAGCAAAACACUUGAUGAUGCUCAAGCUAAUUACACAACCACCGAAAAGGAGUUGUUGGCAGUAGUGUAUGCCUUUGACAAAUUCAGGCAAUAUAUUGUGGGAUCUCAUUGUGUAGUUUACACAGACCACGCUGCAAUAAGAUAUUUACUCAGCAAGAAAGAAGCCAAGCCAAGGUUAAUUAGAUGGAUACUCUUGCUUCAAGAAUUUGAUGUGGAAAUCAAGGACAAGAAAGGAGCUGAAAAUGUUGUGGAAGAUCACUUGUCAAGAUUGCAAAACAAUGCAGUAGACUCCUUACCUAUCAAUGAUGUUUCACCAGGGAGCAAUCUUAUGCAAGUGACUAGUAUACAAAACUAUACACCAUGGUACGCAGAUAUAGUUAAUUAUCUGGUCUGGAACAAAGUUCCUACAGAUUUUGGGUAUCAAAAGAAGAAGAAAUUCCUAUCAGAUAUGAAGCACUUCUUUUGGGAUGAACCUUACUUAUUCAAGCAUUGUGCUGAUGGUAUUUUUGGAAGAUGCUUGCCGGAAAGUGAAACUAAAAGUGUGAUCUAUCAUUGCCAUUCAUCCCCUUAUGGAGGUCAUGCAAGUACUCGAAAGACUCAAGCAAAAAAUUUGCAAGCAGGAUUUUAUUGGCCAACUUUAUUCAAGGAUGUACAUUCCUAUAUUGAAGCUUGUGAUCCUUGUCAGAGAACUGGAAAUAUUUAAAAAAGGCAAGAGAUGCCUCAAAAUGGAAUUCCUGAAGUAGAGAUCUUUGAUGUAUGGGGAAUUGAUUAUGUUGGACCCUUGCCAUCAUCGAAAGGGUACAAAUACAUAUUGGUGGCAGUGGACUAUGUGUCAAAAUGGGUUGAGGGUGUACCAACUAUCAAUGCUAAUUCCAAGUCAGUUUGCAAUUUAUUCAAGCAAGUGAUCUUUCCAAGAUUUGGUGUGCCACGGAUUGUUAUCAGUGAUGGAGGAAUGCAUUUCAACAACUCCCAACUAGAAUCUCUCUUAGCAAAAUAUGGAGUUCAUAAUCAUAGAAUUACAACUCCAUAUCACCCACAAGCAAAUGGAAGGGUGGAGCUGUCUAAUAGAGAAAUAAAGGCUAUCCUAGAUAAGGUAGUAUCAAAGUCAAGGUUUGACUGGGUACUGAAAUUACCAGACACACUGUGGGCAUAUAGGACAGCUUAUAAAACACCAAUUGGAAUGUCACCAUUCAGGUUAAUAUAUGGAAAGGCAUGCCAUCUACCCGUUGAACUUGAACACAAAGCUCAAUGGGCACUAAGGAAACUCAAUAUGGACCUUGAUACAGCAGGAAAACAUAGAAAACUACAACUCUGUGAAAUGGAAGACCUGAGAGCUGACUCUUACGAGAGUGCAAGAAUCUACAAAGAAAAGACCAAGAUCUGGCAUGAUAAGCAUAUAUUGAGGAAAGAAUUUCAUCUUGGACAGUUGGUAUUGGUCUACGAUACUAGGUUUCAUUUAUUUCCCGAUGAAUUCAAGUCAAGAUGGUAUGGCCCUUGCAAGGUGAAGAAGAUUCUGAAAAGUGGUGCUAUCCAAGUGCAAAGUACUUCUGGAGGUCUCUUCCUCGUAAACGGUCAAAGACUGAAGCCCUACAUCCCUGGAGACACACCUCUGAUUUCUGAAGAUGAGAAUGCAAGCGAAGAUCAAGACCUGGAGAAGGAAAUUCAAGAAGGCGAGGGGAGCCAAGAGGUGGUGUCAAUCCCUGCAGGACCCUGACCCCACUGAAGAGACAUGGUCGAGCUAAAGACCUAAAACAAGCGCUUUUCAGGAGGCAACCUGAAUUUUUAAUAAGUUCUUUUCCUUAUUUAGUUUUCAUAGAAAAGUUUUUAUGUGUUUAUGUCUUUCUUUUUCAGCGAAUAAAGGCAAGGGGAGCACAAACAGGGCACACAAACAGAGAAGAGUGGAGAGAAGAAACUAGGGGAGAAGAUUAUACAAAUACCAGGUGAUUCUGUUCCACUUGAAGCAACCUUUAGAAAAUUUAGUAUGAGGACUGGUAUUUAAUUGCAUUGAAAAUCUUUCUUUUUCUGCAUUGUGACACGUUACUCAUCACUGCAAAGUAGGAUUCACCCCAAGAAGAUUGUUGAUUCUCUUAAUACUAAAACUAUGCAGAUGUACUCUUCUUAUGGUAAAUUGCGAUCAGCAAUGAUUUAUAACACACUGUAAAUGUUCCAAGUCAAUGGCCUUGAGUGAAAGUGAAUCCUAUUAAUCAAGAGCUGGCUGUGUCUUCAGCCCUAAGAUAAGCUGGGACCCCAAAAUUAAUUAGAAAAACAAGUUACUUAUUGAAUUUAAAGCACAAGUGAUGAUAUUAUAUCAGUCUCACCAAAGGAACAUACCACCGAUCCCGAGAACAUGGUAUACACCUGGCUCGACCAAUUAUUAGAAUUUUUUUAUUAUUGUCUCCCCAAAGGAACAUACCACCGAUCCAGAGAACAUGGUAUACACCUGGUUCAACAACUAUAGCAUUUUUUACUUAUUGAAUUUAAAGCACAAUUAUUGCUUAUCGCAAUUUAGCUUCAGUAGAGUACAGUUGCCUAGUUCCAGUAUUGUCGGAAUUACUAUCUAUCCAAAAGUGCAUCUUUACUAGGCAGUGUGGGUAGUCUCACCAUCAUUUUCCUUUACUUGAGGACAAGCAAAGAUCUAGGUGUGGGGGAAAUUGAUAGCACAUUCAUUCAUAUUGUAUUUCAAGCCUUUUUGCAUAACAAAUCAAACCUAUGACCACCGUUUUUACUUAUAAAGUAUUCAUUCUUAUAGAAAUAUUCCUAUUAUGAUAUUUUUACAACACUUAUUCAUAUCUUGUAGGACUGGUGCGUUUAGGCACCCAAACUUCAUCGAAAGUGUUUACAACCUUCAAGCUGGGGAUCAUCUUGUGCGAAAGAUAGAACUAGAAGGGGCGAGCUGAAAAGAACCAGGGACUUGCGCACCUAGUAAGACAGAGAAGAGCAGAUGUCUGCUUGUGCGCGUGAGAAGGGGCUGGUCUGGCGCGACCAGCGAGAUGCAUGUCUGAUCCCACGCGCGAGGCCACGAGAGAGCAGAGGAGUAGAGGGGGUCGAAGGAAAGAAAACCACCAGGGCCGACUGCCUUUUUCGCUCCUCCUCCUCGCUGCCUUCCACCACUCACCUACCACCAGAUCGAACGAGGGGGAUCAAGGGGAACUAGUAGAAGAACCAGAUCGAAGGAGUGAGAGGGAGAAGAGGGUGUCGGGAGACUGGUGGUGGUGCCCGAUCCACCAUGAAGCUGCCCCGAUCUGUCCGGCGAUCCACCGCUCCUCUGCUACGACGACGCCGACCUGCUGCACUUCCUCGUCUCCAACCUCAAGAUCGACCGCCGCUACUCAGCUCCAACUCCUGCUGCUACGAGCUCCCUGACCGGCGAUCUCUGCGACUCCUUCUCUCCUCCUCCUCAUUGCUGAGGGGGAGAGGAUCAACCAGAGGCCAGGGGCGCUAGGCCUUCUGGUGCUCCACGCAAGAUCGUCUCCAACGUGCCUCUGCUGCUACUCUUCUUUGCCUGCAACAGCUACAGCUUCGAAUCGAAGAUCAUCAAGACCCAUAGGCUCUGAACCUCUCCUCUUGUUCCCGUUCUUUGAAUAUAUGCACUGUUGGAUCUGAAAAUUACUCUGUUACCUGUGUACCUUUGCUGAAACCUCAUGUAUCCUUGCUAAAUUGUUGUUACACUUGCUGGAUAUUAAGUUAGUAGUUAUUCUCCUGUGA